AUGGAAAACUGCACUGUGGUUACAGAAUUCAUGUUGGGGGGAUUUAAGGGUCAGCCAGAGCUGAAGAUUAUUCUUCUAGUUCUCUUCUUGUCAAUGUACAUUAUUACUCUGGUGGGGAAUACCGGCAUGAUGGUUGUCAUCACUGCUGACACCCAGCUCCACACCCCGAUGUACUUCUUCCUGAAGAACUUAUCCUUUGUGGAUGUUUGCUAUUCUUCUGUCAUCACUCCCAUAGCCAUGAUGAGCUUCACAACUGGGAACAAGGCCAUUUCCUACCAGCAGUGUGCAACCCAGAUGUUCUUCUUCUCUCUCUUUGGGACCACAGAAGCUUUUUUGCUGGCUGUGAUGGCAUAUGAUAGAUUCACUGCUAUCUGCAACCCACUGCUGUAUGAUACCAUUAUGGCCAAAAGGACCUGUGCCUCUUUGGUGGCUGCCUCUUACUUCUUUGGCUUCCUCAAUUGUUCCACACAGACUGGCCUCACUUUUAGCUUGUCUUUUUGUGAUCCAGAUGAGAUCAACCAGUUCUUCUGUGAUGUCCCAGCUGUCAUGAAGGUCUCUUGCUCAGACACCUUUGUAAAUGAAAUUGCACUCCUAGUUAUGUGUGGGCUUAUUGUAGUUAUAACAUUCACAACAGUCCUAAUCUCUUACAGCUAUGUUCUGGCCACAAUUCUGUGCAUGCCGUCUGUGGAGGGGAGACGCAAAGCCUUCUCAACCUGCACUUCUCAUAUCAUGGUUGUCAGUUUGUUCUUUGGGACAGCUUUCUUUAUGUAUGGGCAACCUGGGUCCAUCUCUUCUCCUAACCAAGGCAAGGUGGUGUCUGUCUUCUAUACCAUUGUAAUUCCCAUGUUGAACCCGUUAAUCUACAGCCUAAGAAAUAAGGAGGUUAAAGAUGCUUUGCGGAGACAAAUAAAAAGAAUAACAUUGUCCCAUUAA